UGAGUCAGGGGUUUGUGAGCUGCCCCAGGGCGCGCGACAGAAGGCCAGAUACUCUCGGAGAGGGUGUGAGAUUCAGCUAGUGUGAACGGACACCUGGCACCCCAAGAUCUCACCAAAGGAACCUAGCCAGCAAAAUAGCAGGUACCCCUUGCACGGGGUAUGCUGGGACCGAAGCCAACGCUAGAAACUUGAACACCUAGAACCAAACCAUGGAGGAACCACAGAUGGAGCAUGAAUUGGAGGAGAGACUGGAGAUUGAGGGCUAUGAUGACGUUGGGGAACCUCCUCUGGAGGAGAUUGUGGAGGAACAACCAGAUCACGUCCAGGAGCCAACAGCCCCAGACUACCAGACCGUAUCAGACCCGGGCACCCACGAGGUAUACGUGGAGCUGCAGGAGCUAGUCAUGGAUGGGAAGAACCAGGAGCUUCGGUGGAUGGAAGUGGCGCGUUGGGUUCGACUGGAGGAGAACCGGGCGGAGGCAGGGGGUUGGGGCCGUCCCCACGUUUCUUGCUUAACCUUCUGGAGUCUCCUGGAGCUACAGAGAACUUUUAAAAAGGGCACUGUGAUCCUGGACCUGUCAGAGACCACCCUGCCUGGGAUUGUCAACCAGCUUCUAGACCAAUUCAUCUAUGAAAGUCAAAUCCGGCCCCAGGACCGGGAUGAGCUGCUUAGGGCCCUGCUGCUCAAACACAGCCAUGAGGGAGAGUUGGAGGCUCUGGGAGGUGUGAAGCCAAUUGUUCUAAAUCGCUCAGGAGAAUUCUCUGAGCCCCUGUUGGCCCAACAUCCCUCCUUGGAGAACCAGAUCUACUGUGAGCCGGGAGAAGGUUCCUCAGGCAGCCCAGGGCCAUCUCACAUCCUGGAGAAGAUCCCUCCUGAUUCAGAGGCCACACUGGUAUUAGUGGGUCGUGCCUCCUUCCUGGAACAUCCCAUCUUGGGUUUUGUGAGGCUUCAGCAGCCAGCCAUGCUGGAAGGGGUGGAGGUUCCAGUGCCUGUCCGCUUCCUCUUGGUACUCUUAGGGCCUGAGUCACCCCAUGUGGACUACAUCCAGCUUGGCCGGGCUGCUGCCACCUUAAUGUCUGAGAGGGUGUUCCGAAUGGAGGCCUACCUAGCCCAUAACCGCAAGGAGCUAGUUCAGUCUCUUGAGGGUUUCUUGGACUGUAGUGUGGUCCUGCCUCCCACAGAUGCACCCUCAGAGUCAGCCUUACGAACCCUGGUACCCGUGCAGCAAGAAUUGCUUCGAAGACGCUACAAGCUCAGCCCCUCUAAGCCUGAUCCUGACUUCUACAAGGGACUAGACUUGAAUGGGGUUCCAGUGGCCCAGGAUGACCCCUUACAACGGACAGGCUACCUCUUUGGGGGUGUGGCUCGGGAUGCUCGGCGCCGUUACCCCAAGUACCUGAGUGACAUCACAGACGCACUUAGCCCUCAGGUCCUUGCAGCUGUGGUCUUCAUCUACUUCGCUGCCCUCUCACCUGCCAUCACCUUUGGUGGCCUCCUAGGAGACAAGACUGGGAACCUGAUGGGGGUGUCGGAAUUACUCAUCUCAACAGCAGUGCAGGGCAUCCUUUUUGCCCUGCUGAGUGCCCAGCCCCUGCUUGUACUUGGUUUCUCAGGACCCCUCCUUGUCUUUGAGGAGGCCUUCUUCGGGUUCUGCACGAGCAACAACUUCGAAUACAUCGUGGGCCGGGUGUGGAUUGGCUUCUGGCUGGUGCUGCUGGUGGUCCUGGUGGUGGCCUUUGAGGGAAGCUUCCUGGUGCGCUACAUCUCUCGAUACACUCAGGAGAUCUUCUCCAUCCUCAUCUCUCUCAUCUUCAUCUAUGAGACCUUCUCCAAGCUCAUUACGAUAUUCAAAGAGCAUCCACUGCAAAGAAACUAUAACGUCAGUGCGGUCUGGCACCCUAAGCCCAGUGACGCCCUGCCCAACACCGCCCUCCUCUCCCUCGUGCUCAUGGCUGGGACAUUUUAUUUUGCCAUCACAUUUCGCAAGUUCAAGAACAGCUCUUAUUUCCCUGGAAAGCUUCGCAGAGUAAUUGGAGAUUUUGGUGUUCCCAUUUCCAUCUUCAUUAUGGUCCUGGUGGAUGUAUUCAUUACAGAUACCUAUACCCAGAAACUCAAAGUGCCCAAAGGCUUUACAAUCUCCAACUCAAGUGCCAGAGACUGGUUCAUCCACCCCCUGGGCUUGCGCAAGACUUUCCCCCUCUGGAUGAAGUUUGCUUCUGCUGUGCCAGCUCUGCUUGUCUUCAUUCUCAUCUUCCUGGAGACUCAGAUUACCACGCUCAUCGUCAGCAAGCCAGAGCGGAAGCUGAUCAAAGGCUCAGGUUUCCACUUGGACCUGCUGCUGAUCGUGGGCAUGGGCGGGGUGGGCGCCCUGUUUGGGAUGCCCUGGCUCAGUGCCACCACCGUGAGGAGCGUGACCCAUGCCAAUGCCCUCACCGUCAUGAGCAAGGCCAGCGCUCCCGGCGACCGGGCUCAGGUCCAAGAGGUUAAGGAACAAAGACUCAGCGGACUUCUGGUCUCAGUGCUUGUUGGUGUUUCCAUCUUCAUGGAACCCAUUCUGUCGAAGAUCCCCCUGGCUGUUCUUUUUGGCAUUUUCCUAUAUAUGGGAGUCACGUCACUGAGUGGCAUCCAGCUCUUUGACCGACUUCUGCUCUUCCUGAAGCCCCCCAAAUACCAUCCUGAUGUGCCUUAUGUCAAGCGGGUGAAGACCUGGCGUAUGCACCUGUUCACUGGCAUUCAGGUUAUCUGCCUGGCAGUGCUGUGGGUGGUAAAGUCAACACCUGCUUCCCUAGCACUGCCUUUCAUCCUCAUCCUCACCGUGCCCCUGCGCCGAUUCCUGCUGCCCCUCAUCUUUCGAAACAUUGAGCUCCAAUGCCUUGAUGCCGAUGAUGCUGAAAUCACCUUUGAUGAAGAAGAUGGCAGAGAUGUGUAUGAUGAAGUACCCAUGCCGGUGUGAGCCAGGAAGACUGCCCCCAACAUCCUCCCAUACUUUCUCAGCUGCGGACACCUUCUUCAUUGCCUCCUGUGUUAGAGAAGUCUGUACCUACUCUGGAUGGAAUGAUGAACUGGCAAGGCAUUUCCUGUGGGCCCAGGACGACUGUCCAUCCCUAGGGUGGGGAGCUGAAGAUAUGGGAGUGGGUGAAGAGGAACCACUAGGGAAAACUAUUAUUUAUAGGUUUGUUUUGUUUUGUUAGUUGUAUGUUGUGCCCCCAAGGAACUGAGAGGAACAGGAACCUCUCUGGUCCUCAGUUUUCCUAUCUUGAAAACAAGGGAAUUAGACUAGAUAACCUCUAAGAUUCCUUCCAGCUCUUAGUCCUGGGAUUCCUCAGUUUGUAUCCCCUUAAUCACACAUUCUUAGAAACAUAAACACACAUACACAUCACUGUCACACCGAUAUAUACACACACAGAGACACAAACACACACCCCCUCACACCUUCAUACCAUCAUAAAAACUUAGACUGUUGGGACUGGAAGGGCCCUUAGACAUCAUUUCAUCCAACUCUCUAAUUUUCUAGAGGGAGAAACUGAGGCCCAGAGAGACCUACUUAGAGUUAGUUAAUGGAAGAACCAGGCCAGAACUCUCUGCACUCUAAUUGCCAGACUCCAAUUAUACACCGUGGGCCAUUUUAGCAAUCUGCCACCAGCUGCUCUGUGGCUUGAGACGAGACAGGAGUGGAGUAAGGGGAGAAUCUUGGCCUUUCUACUCUCCAAUCCUAUGAAACCCUUCCCACCUACCUGGAGACCUCCUGGCUCUCCAUCCCAUCUGAUGAAUUUGGUGCUAAAAAGGCUUUGCCCCAUAGCCAAGGUGGGAGAAGUUGGAGGGAGUGAUCAGGACAGGAAUUUAGAAUUAUUUUGCCACUUUCCUGCACACGCUCCAGCAAACAGUCAACUGAGUCUCCUCCAAGUAGCCUCUGUCAAUAGGGUUUAAAUGGGUGUGUGUGUGUGUGUGUGUGUGUGUGUGUGUGUGUGUCUGGGUGUCUGGGUGGGUGGGAGUGCUGGGGAUGGGGGUAGAGGGGGUGGAAGGGUUGAGGAACAAAGACUUGACCUUUGGAAGGAAAGAAAAUUUGACUAGGAACAGAUGGUCAGAAAGAAUAGCAGAGGGCAGGGGUAGGGUUUGUAAUUUAUUGUAUAUUUUCUAAGAAAAAGUUUAAUACCAUUUUAGCUUUAGUACCUGGGGAAUCAGGGACCUACCCCAUUCUCCUCAGCACAAACUUUGGGGAGACAAAAAUUGGGUGAGGAGAGGGUAGGAAUUUCCCCAGGAAGUGGAGAGGGACAAAUAUAUUUUUUUUUACAAAACAAAAAUAUAAAAAGAGUCAGAAAAACCUGCAUUUGGGGGGAAGGGUGACUUGGAAGAAAGUCAGGGUGACUUGGGGAUGAUGAUAAUGAUGAUAUAUUUGGCUUCCAUUCCUGAAAGCUGAGCACUCCUCCUCCCUAUCCCCUUUCUCUGCUACUGCUGGGAAAAAGUGAUGAAGGGACUACACAAAGAAAAUCCCCCCAAAUCCCCUCCCAUUGCUUGUGAAUUUGUUUUGCCAAUAAAUCCAUUUUAACUGUC